AAGUUCAACACCACGGGGAAAGCGGGUGCAGAGUAGUAGAAUAGAGUGUGAAGCCCUCAGAAACUCAGUUGAACUACGAAAUACAAAUGAAUAGUUCAUAAAUUUGUACAUGAAAUCAAGCAGUACGGAGAAGAGAAUAUGAUCUACGAACCAAUGUGCUGUGGGUUAAUGACUAUUUUUCAACGUCUUGGCUUUCUGAGAUCCACUGAUUUGCCUCGGACUUCAGAUUCUGGAUUCUGUGCUUGAUGAAGGCAAUGGAGAGCCAGCGUUGAACCUGAUCAUCUCUCCCUUCUGAGGAGUAUACCAUGCCUCUCCACAAUCACGUUGUAAAAGAGGCCUGGACACAGGACAGGAUCCAAGAGGAAGAGGAACCUGCUUCAGACCAACAACUGCAGGCUCAGAAGGUAAAAAAGAAGAAGGAGGAGGCGAAUGGCACCACAGAGGCCAAGCUGAACGGAAAAGAGGCCAAGCCCAAAAAACCAAAGACCAAGAAAAGUGAAGAUAUAUCAGAGGAGGACAGUACAGCUGUCCAAAAUGGAAAGAAGGUGAAGAAAAAGAAACCAGAAAAAGAUAAAGAAGAACCAGAAAAACUCGGGUACAGAUGA